UUCGAUUGCCUUAUCGUUUUUGGUGCAUCAUCGCUAAUCAAACAGGUUGUAAACAAAACUCUGUAAAAUAACAAAAGUUUAGUAAAAAAAAAAGUAUCUCUACUGCAUGCGCGAGCUAAAAUGCGUUUCCACAUGAAGAGCGGCAGCGAGGACAACGACAUUGUGGCAGCCACAGCCACCGCCGAGCAUAUCCGAAAGUUCGUCUUCAGCGGAUCUCCCGCUGAGCGUUUGGAGAUCAAGAUCCCUGAGCUGCUCCAGGGAGCCUACUCCUUCUACACGUGGCCCUGUGCACCGGUUCUUGCGCACUUUUUGUGGGAGCGCCGACAGACGCUGGCCGGAAAGCGCAUCCUUGAGUUGGGAAGCGGCACAGCCUUGCCCGGCAUCCUUGCCGCCAAGUGCCGAGCCCAGGUCGUUCUAACUGACAACUGUAUCCUGCCCAAGUCACUGGCCCACAUCCGCAAGUCCUGCUUGGCUAACCAACUGCAACCGGGUGUCGACAUUGAUGUGGUGGGCCUCAGUUGGGGCCUCCUGCUAAACAGCGUGUUUCGGCUGCCACCGCUAGACCUCAUCAUUGCCGCCGACUGCUUCUACGAUCCCAGUGUAUUCGAGGACAUCGUGGUCACUGUGGCUUUCCUGCUGGAGCGGAAUGCGGGGGCAAAGUUCAUAUUCACAUACCAAGAACGGAGCGCAGAUUGGUCUAUUGAAGCGCUGCUCAAGAAGUGGAAGCUGCAGGCGUUGCCCAUUAGCAUGGACGACAUUGGCAAGGAGUCGGGUGUGGAUUUGCUGGAGUUUAUGGGCGGACACACUAUUCACCUGCUUGAGAUUACGCGCAUUGAAAGCGGCGCCACAAUAAAUGCCUUAUAACAAUA